UUUCUACUGUCUUAGAUUUUAGACAAACAGACAAAAUGCACCAAAAACAAAACCUCCGGAGAGGUAGCUACACAUUUGUUGUUGCAUGAUAAAGCAAUGAACGUGCUGGUAGGCGUUUGACAUGACGUUUGAUGGAUCCACCGGAUGGUAGGAAGGGAGGUUUUUGGCAUCAUUCCCGCGCUUUAUCUAUUUAGAUAGCGACAAUGUGUGGUGUCAUCACGUCAACGUUGUCAUGUGUGGUGUCAUCACGUCAACGUUACGUCUGUACCUAAACAUUCUAUACUACGCUCGAAGAUCUUUGGGUCCCUACCGUCAGACGUCCCGUCAUUUUCCGACUGUCACCACCACUUUUUGUGUACCGGUACCGUCAGUAUGGAGACUACGGUGACUGCCUUGGUCCUUCACCAGCUAAUGGAGUUGGAAGAAGAGGAAACCCUCUGCAGACGAGCCCACCAGAGACGUCUCAAGAUGCUAGCUGCGUAUUGGCAUCUGGCGAAUAUCGAGAGUCUCACGGUUUAUGCCCAGAUGAACCGGGCCGUGCCUAUCCUCAGGCUCUUCUUUGACGAGGAGAAAGAAACCAGGCCAGACUUUAGGCUGAACAGGGCCUCCAUCACAGGUCUGCUGGUGUUGCUGCAGCAGGAGCGUCAUCAUGGAUGGGGUCCAGUGAUUGAAGUCCUGGUGUUCUUGUUUUGGUUGGCCAGCGGGUCAUACUAUCGUAUUGUAUCCCGGGCAUUCGAUAUGCCUAAGUCUACGGUGCACAAUGUUGUGCACCGUGUCUGUGGGGCUAUCGUGGCAGUGAUGCCACGGGUUAUCAGGGUGCCAUCCACUGCAGAGGAGCUACAGGAAAUAUCUAACGGCUUUGCUAGGUUGGCUGAGCAUGUGGUGUUCCGUAAGGCCAUGGGAGCCAUCGAUGGCUGCCAUAUCCGUAUCAAGGCCCCAGGAGAACCUCAUGCACAGUGCUACAGAAACCGCAAGCUAUUCACAUCCUAUCCAUACCAGUAA